AUGAAGUGUUUGAAAUACAUUCUAGCGUUGGUAGCAGUGGUGAUGUCCAUGUGUUUGUCGGCAGACUCCAGCAUACCGCAGCCCAGGGCGCCCAACUUCCAGUACUUCGAAAGGCCGAACUACCGUUACCCGUACUACGACGAGAACGGCAAGGGCAAGUUGCUGUACGGGUACGGCGGGCCCGAGCUGUACCAGUACAAGAGCUACUCGCCGCUAGAGGGCAUCUACUGA